CUCUUCUCCGUAUUUGCCUCAUUGCUCUGUAUCAGCUCAUCUUGUCGCAUCGAUGGAUCAUGCCACGCCUAUCUACCGCAGCUCGUGCCGGUGAGGAGCCUCCGAGGUCGAAGCGGCCUCGUGCAGCGCAGGCCUGCGACAGGUGCAGGUCGAAGAAAUACAAGUGCGACGAGCUGUAUCCUUGUUCGCAUUGUAAGAAAAGCCAGUUGAAAUGCGUGUACCAGGGGAAUUAUCGUCAGUUGGAAAAUAGUCGUUCGGCCAGCUACGUUUUUGAUUUGGAGAAAAAAGUCGAGGAACUCAACUCGAAGCUCCAAGCAGCUGAAACCAAGCUUUCUGCAUCCCCGGCGCAUCCGACCAUCGAUGCGACCCCCCGCUCCAUGCCAGUCGACCGAUCGACGCUGACACCGCGAACCGACCUGGGAGAACCGCUACCAAGCUACAAUACCAACCCCAACGGCGGCCCCGACGCCGAAGCCGAGACCGACGCAGGCGCCGACGAAGCCAGCGAUCCUGUCGAGGAAGAGAUCAGCGAGCUCAACCACCACACAAAUGGCAUCGAGUUUCACGGGAGCACCUCAUCCGUCGCCUUUCUCGGGCACCUGCAGAAAGCACGCGAUCCACAGCGCGCACAAGACUGGCCGGCUGCCCAUACCCACGCGCAUGCCCAAUCUCGCGUCAGACCCCAGGAAUAUUCCAUCGUCUCGACGCUCCACAACGCCGGGUUCUCGCCGACGAACACCGCCGCGCAGGCGCAGCAGUCCCUUACCCUUGCAGCGGUCCACGAACACAACUACUACUUUGACCACGCGCAUGUGUUUAUGAGCGGGUACUUUGAGAACAUUCACUUUGUGCAUCCGUUCAUCGAUAAGGAAGAUUUCUACCUGCGGGCUCAGGAUCUGUGGCUGCGGCGGACGCCGACACCGGACCCCAGCUUUGUGGCGCUAUACCUGAGUGUUUUGUCCUUUGGAGCGCUGCUGCGGGUGUGGGAUGAGGGGCAGCUAGGUGGGUUGACGCGGUUCGAAUGGAGUCGGAAGCUGUUUGGCGAGGCGCAGCUUUAUCUGAAUCAUUUGCAUUUUCCGAAUAAUCUUGAUGCGGUGCAGUGCUUAUAUCUGAUGGCCAAGAUUUGCCAGAAUGAACUCAACCCGAACUUGGCAUACAUGUACCUCGGCCUUGCAAUCCGCACCUGUCUGGCCGCUGGCUUCAAUCGCAAAGUCCGCCACGCGGAUCCGCGCGCAGACUGGAUCUCGCGGACAUGGUGGGGCCUCUUCUCCCUCGAAAUAGAAAUGUCCUUCUCCCUCGGUCGCCCCGAUACGCUAGGUAUGGACGAAUACCACAACCGCCCCCUCCCACCGCGCGACAACACCCAGUACGCCAUUAUCCCAUGGAUGGUCGACUUUGCGCAGAUUAUCCGCAAAGUCUCCGUGCAGAUCUACCACCGCCGCAUGCCGCUAGUCGAGAAACUACAUGUUGCUCUAGCGAUCGAGGCGGAGCUGGACGGCUGGAUGGCGAGCUUGCCCGGGUGGAUUCGGCCGGAGUUUGUCGACGGUGGUACGGGGGAGAGUGGUGAAGCUGGUGCGAAUGACGGGGCUGGCGGACGGAAUGCGUUGCGCGAUCCGAAAUGGGCGAGAAGGCAGAGGAUUGUCCUUGGGCUACGCUACUACAACGUCAAAAUGCUCCUAUUCCGCCCGUUCCUCAACCACUAUACGAGCCGCAGCCAGAGCAAAGGUCAGGCUCGGCAUCAAAGCCAUGGACGGCGAUCAAGCGUGCAGGACCAGGGACAUGCUCACCCGGCUCUAUCUUCAACAGGAAACCACCCUGACGAAUUCACUUCUACUUCUCCCUCCACGUCUACCUCCGACGUUCUCAUUACCCAAGUCAUCCGCAAAUGCCUCGACGCCGCAGAACGGACCAUCGCCGUGAUGCAUGAUAUUUAUCGAUUACACACAUUUUUCCGGUGCUGGUGGUACAAUACAACAUACAUAACAUUCGCAACAUCAACCCUCCUCCUCCCGCUCUCACGACCGGGAUUCAACCUCAACCUCGACCAUGAGCUCGAUUCAGUUCGUCCGGAAGAUAUGACCUACACGCAAGCCUCAGUCCACCACGACAGACUCUCCUCCAUACACAAUUCGGUCCGCAAAGCAAUUGACAUCCUCGAAGCAACAGAUGAGAGCGUCGUCGCGAGGAAAAGCGCGGAGAUUAUUCGGUACUAUUUGCGGGAGUUUGAGGAGCGGGAUCGAGAUCGAGAUCGAGGCUACCCGCUGGACGAGGGCCACGGUGCUGCUACCGCAGGUGGUGGUGGAAUGCUCCAUGGCCCUACAAGCGAAGGACCAGUAAUUCCGCCCGGAUUUCCUAGUGCAAACGGGGAUGAUGCUUUGAAUGCUGGUUAUGGACAUGCUAUGGAUGAGAGUGGGGAUGGACUGGGAAUUCCGGAAUGGGCCUACGGCUUCGGCUUCCCGGACUGUUCAUUCGAGGGCGUUGCGCGGUUCUUUGAUGAUUUGGGCGGGUUGCCGGUUCUUGAUGAAUGAGUUCCACUCACCCUAGAUUUCCAUGUUCCCUCUAUCCCGGGGUGAGUAUAUUACGAGUUUUAUGAGCGGUGUAUGAUGGUAUAGAGUGUGUGGGUUAUCAGUUUUGUUUAUAGUAUAUGUUUUUCCUAUACAUAUUUAUCUAUCUGUACAUGAUUCAAUACAAUAUAUAUAUAUAAGUUCUCAG